AUGUUUCAACGCAGAUCAGAGGUUGGAGAGGAAUAAGGAGAAACUGUCAUAGCACUCUAUUCCUAGUAAACCAAUAUGAGUUACAUUCCUCCUGUUUAUUUAAAAAAUGGUCCAAACUAAAAUAGAUCAUGUACUAAUGUAUGUUGCUGCUUAUUGUUUUUACUGUCCAUUGGAGCUUUGGGAUACUUUUAUUUCUUGACAUACAGUAGUCAACAUAUCGAGAGACUUUACACCCCUGUAGAUUCUGAAGGAAGGGAAUGUGGUUAAGGAAAUUUGAAUAAGUUUCCUUUCAUUUAUUUCGUAACUCCAGAUGAGAAAUAUCUUUAUAGAACAGUUUGUGUGGAAAAGUGUCCUAAAUAAGAAGAUUAACAAUUGUUAUGUGCUCCAAAUAACGUAGUCAAGGACUGCCACAAUAAUGCAAGUCCAUCAGAUCCUGAGAAACGAGUCUUGAUUUAUGAUUCUGAUAAGUAUUCAGGUAACAUCUGUUUGCCAAGAGAUGAAAAUUUCAAAAAAACAGUGUAACCAGCAAUUUUAGUAGGGGAAAUUUAGUAAGCUUUAGUGAAUACCUAAGCCAAUUUGCCUAUUAUUGCUAUUAGUGGAGGGGCUGCCUUUUUGUUGGCAUUCUUUUUCACAAUUAUGAUUGGUUUGUGUACUACACUCAUAGUUUAUUUAUUCAUAUUAGUCUAUAUCUCUUUAACUGGUUUCCUUAGUGCAUAUUUUCUAUUAUAUUUCAUGAGAUCCCCUUUAGAUUUAUUUCCUUAUUUCGACAAAUCAACAUAUGCAUGGAGUCCAUAUAUGUUGGCAGCAUCAAUCACAUUUGCAGUACUAUGUGUAUAUGCAAUAUUUACAUUAUGUUGGAAUCUAAAGAAGAUGAAGUUCAUGAUAUCUCUUGUUAAAUUGGCAACAACAUUCUUGUAUUAAAACAAAACAAUCAUCAUUGUGCCUAUAGUGUUCUUUUUCUUAGUGAUGUCUACUCUAUUGAUAUGGAUAGCAAGUGCUUUGGCAGUACUUUCUGAACAAUAAAUGGAUUACUCUUUAGAUUCAUAAAUUUAUCCAUUUGAAAAAAUUCAACUCAAAUUUGAUACUUUAAUUAAAUUGAUGAUUACUGUACUAGCCUUAAUUUGGUUAAUGCAAUAUAUCCUAUCCUUGGCCAGAUUCCUAAAUGCUUCAACAGCCACACUUUGGUACUUUCAUGCAUCUUCCAACAACGGGUUUUUAUGGGAUAGUUUCAAAUUAGCUGUGCAAUACCAUAAUGGCAGUAUCACUGCUGAAGCAAUUUACAGUUUCUUUUUUAGUGGGAUAUCAAAAGCAUUCAAUCUAAUCUAUGAUUCACUUAAUCGAUGCAGAUUGAAGAGACAUAAUAUUAUUUUGAAUUGUUUUGCAUCUAUUUCUUUGUGUUUGUGCUGUGUUUGUGAGAAUUUCAUAAUGUACAUUAACAACUAUGCUUUUGUGUACAUUGUGAUGACCUCAGCAGAUUACUUUGAAUCAAGCAAAGCCGUUCAUUUCGUAAUUAAAAGAAACCAUUAAGAUUUUGAAACUCUUUCAGGAUUGGGGGAACAAUUCACUCACUUUAGCAAAAUGUUUAUAUUUCUAAUAACAACUAUCGGAACAUUCAUUUAUGUUAAGGAGUAGACUGACUUUACACUUCAAUUGUAUACUUUUGCAAUUAUUGCAUUUAUUACAUUGUCAAUAGCCACUCUAUUUAUGGAUAUGUUUGGACAAAGUGCAGAUGCCUUACUGCUUACCUACUUUACUGAUUGUGAAGUGUAGAAGUAUCAUUUCGGACUUGAUGACUGUGGUUCAUGUCCACCAUAAAUAAGAGAUUAAGUUCAACACAUAAGGGAAAAAUAAAAGAUUUACUUUGGCUGA